CUUCACAGAAAGUCUCCGGGCAAAGACGAGACUGCCCGAUAUCCUGACCUUUCUCGUGUGAUACAUCUCCUUGAAGAUCCACUUUCGUGUUCCCUGAAAGAGAGACAUAUUUCUGCAUUAAAAAAAGUCGUGAAGAGAUGCCAGAAAGGAUUUUUUCUGAGAGAUCUUGCAGACAUCUUUAAGAUUCUAAACAUCUGUGCAGAAAAGGCUAAAGACCUUCCUGAGUAUGCUUCCAUACUGUGUGAUCUAUUACACAUAUGCAGACUCCCCUUCCUAAAGGAGAAAACCUCAGAUGAGCCAACCUACGUCAGCAUUGUGACAGACUCUUUGUCUCAUAUGGGUUAUUUGAUGCGGGUGCCAAAUGCAAAGGUCAGAGAGCAAAUCUGUGCUUCCAUUAUAUCAUUCUACAGCCUUGACAAACCAAUGCACUAUGAAACUGGUGUGUGUCCCACGAGCCUCAGCUACAGGCAGCAGCAGGUGGAGAGAAGCGGGCUGGCCGAGACCCUGGUCAUGUCUCUGGCUCUUCUGGAGAAGCAGCUGUCAGCCAAGCUUCAGCUCCUCCAUGCUCUCCAGAUUCUCUCCAGCUCCUCUGUGGUAAACUGUGAUUUGAUGCUGAAGGCAGAAGGAGCUCAGAAGAUCUGCUUCUAUAUGAACGAACCGGAUCCAUCCGGACAAGUGCUAUUCCGCUCCUCCGAGAUCCUGUGGAACCUUCUGGAGAACGGCUCCAGAGAGGAGGUCGCCGCCCAGCUCAGCAUUGUGGACUGUGUCAUGGUUCUGAAGGAGGCUUUUCUGCACCAGCUUCUUCGUGGGUACCGACAUUAUGACCAGCAGCUCCGUAACGACCUCCUAGUGAUUACGAGCCUGAUCGCUGAAUGCCGCAGUGCUUCACUGACCGAGAGUGGGUUUGCCAAGCAGCUGGUCUUUUUUGCCACUGUUCCAGAAUUGAAGAGCCAUAACCCACUCAUCCGAAACUUCAAGUUUACCUUCACUGACGAGGAUUUGGAGAUGAAGAAGCUCCUGAUGAACCUGCUGGUUGUUCUGUCCAGAGAUCUGGCAGCUGUUCAGCUGUUCAAAGAAAACCAUGUUAUGCUGGCACUGAUGUUGCUGGUGCGUCCCAGUUCGUCUGACAGCCAGCCCAGGCCCAAGGGCAAGCACAGCUGGACCUCCGCCCAGCAGGAAGAACUACAGCUGCAGGCCCUGGCCACCUUGGCCACGCUGGCGCCGCUCAUGCUGGACGAGUACAUGUCAUGCCAGGCCAACACGUGUCUGUUGUUGCUCCUGGAGUGGUGUGUUCAGCAAGAUUCCUAUUUUGGCCAGGGUCAUUGUUUCCAUGGCAACGGAGGUCGUGGAGGCACAAAGGCUCAUCUGAGGUAUUGCAUGCGUCUCCUUAGGUGCAUGACCUCACUUGGCGAUGGCCUUAUCAACCAGGACCUGUGUGACCAGGGAACUAUCGGCCAGCUCCUGGGAAUUCUGCAGAGACUCCAGGAUCAAGACACUGAGGGAGAUGAAGUGUCCGUGGAGAUCCAGACAGAUGCACUGCUCGCUCUGUCUAGCCUCUGUGACAGGGACGCGCACAGGAUGGAGCUGUUCGGUGCUGAGGGCGUGGAGGUAGUGGUUGGCUAUCUGAGAACGGCGCCGCCUCGACUGUACAGCGGCCUGGGUCACAACAUUCUCUUCCUCUCCGCUGUGGACUGUGUAUGGUUUUGCAUUGUUGGUUGUUACACAACAGAAGACAUGUUGUUGGAGAAGGAGGGAGUUUUCCUCUUACUGGACUUCCUCCAUUCCAGCCCCCGGAGCAUGCAGAGUGUGGUGCUGGCCACCCUGCUGGAGCUCUGCGACAACCCCAAGACGCUAGCCCACGUGGAGGCCUGGAGGGGCAGGAGCGACCUCACCGCCCCUGCCCUGCUCCUCCAGCUGUGGAGGAAAGAGGAGGCUGAGAUGGGUGUCAGGAGAGACGAGCACGGGAGAAUCGCUGACGUGAAGAAGCCCCUCCUUUCACGGUAUCAGGAGGAGGAGCCCACUAGUGCCUGGUCCCGCAACAGACUGAGUGCCGCCAUCGUAGACGUCGCGGAAAACCUGCGCGCAAAAAUCUACGCUAUGUUUUGCAAGCUGGGUUUUACGGACCUUCCAGGCCUGACGACAGAAGACUACAUCACUCUGAGUGUCGUGGCAAGGUACCUGGACUUCAAGGUAGCAGAAGUGUGGCGUGAAGUCUCAGCGGAGCUGGACGUGGAGGGCGUCAGGCCCAUCUCUCCAGACAUGGAGGCUCUUCGCUCUAUCGCCCAGACUGACGAAGACACCGCAAGGCAUGUCCUCUCACUGCAGCAAAGCACUGACCGGCAAGAGCAGGAGGACCUCCAGGAAGAGAAACUCGCAUACAGAGAGAUCAGCUUAAACCGCAAACAACAGGAGCUAACAGCAAGGUCAUGGGAGCACCAUGUUGCAAAGACAUCGGACUAUAAGAUCUUAAAGGACUCGAAGCAUCUGCAGGAGAGAUCCAUUGAGUCAUCACGGCCAAGGGAGAAGCCAGACGGGUUCACCUUCCACUCUACUCAGAUCCCCGGCCUGCAGACCACUAAUUUCUGUGGCCGUGUGCUGACCGUUGAGAGCACCCCUGCUGAGCUAACAGGGGGACCCCUAGCAAGCACAGACCUUGCUCUGGAGAGGGUCCCUGUCCAGGGCGGAGCACUGAAAAAAGUGACACCUUCAAAUCAAGACAUGGAGCUUCCUAACACCGUCACUGUCAAAUAAACCUCUCAUAGAGGCCUGCCAGCCUCUCAGAAACCACAGCUCUGGGGCCUUCAGGGCCCGGAGCUGCACUUAAAUAUGUAAAAUGUUUUAAAACAAGCCCUAUAGAAACAAUGUAGUGUCCUGCAGUUAAAUCAAUACCACACAGGUCUUCAAAGAGAUAUUACAGUGUUGUUGUUUUGGGGUCAGUGUUGGUAAAAGUUAUGAAAACUGAAA